UCAUGACAGUCAAUUUUGUUGAUAAUUGACCUGUAAAAAGGAAUUAAUUAUUAAGAAUAAUGGAUAGUUAUUUUGGAUACAAAGAAUUACAAGCAUUGCAAAAUUUAUUAAAUCCUUCGAAAGAAGAUUCGGAUUUCGAAGAAUUGUAUCAAAAUGACGUUAAAAGAAAAGGUCCAGGUGAUAUUAAAGUUCAAAAAGAAGUUCCUUUGGAUUGUAUAAAGCCGCAUAAUCCUAUUAAAAAAAAAGAUGAUGAUAUUUGGCAUUCUUCAGAAGUAUCAGCUCAUUCUAAUUUAGAAAUAAAUGAUCCAAGAAAAGUACCGGAAUAUGAAAUCAAAUUUAAGCAAUCAGUGAAGACCGAAGAUAUUUUUUUAAAUAUGGGUUUUAAAACAACAGGCACCGCAUCUUGCGAGUGGAUUACCGUUUUAAUAAAACUCCCUCAAGAAGUUCAAGAAAAAAUUGAAUUAUCCGUUGAACCAAAUGUAAUUGACGUGCGUAGUCCUAAAUACAAGUUACAUCUUCCAACGCCUCAUGAGGUGGAUCCUAACGCAUCACAUGCGAAAUGGCAUAAUAAUGUCGAUACAUUAGAAAUCACUUUGCGACUUAUACGAGAAUUAGAUGGUAUUAACUUUUAAUAAAUACGUCAAAGUAAAAUAUCUAUAUAUAUUUUUAAUAUAAACCAAAUAUUAGUGGAAUAUGAUAGAUAAGUGAAAAAGGAAGUAGACAAAUUCAAGUUAACAAAUAAGCGAUAUCGUAUAAUUUAGGAAAUUGCAAAUUGCAUAAUUAUAACUGUAAUGAUAAUCAAAGAUGUCUUUGUACAAGUAUUUUAUUCUCUGGAAUAAGAAUUAUGGCUAUUGAUGAUACUUUUACAAUGUAAUCAAUAUUACAAAAAAUCUUAAAAAUAAUAAGUUCAUACAAAAAAUUGUGUAUUCUACUUUUUG